ACUCGCCACUCGACUAAACGACUGCACACGUUCUACUAAAACUACUCGACUAAAGACUCUCGGUAUUUACACGCGUCGAGUUACUAAAUUAUUCGUCACUCGACUAAAAUACCGAGGGGCGUGUCUGUGCAAAUUUCAAAUUGUUACGUUUCUUGCCACUCGACUAAUGUUUUUGCUUACUUACGAUGAUCGAACUUUUACAAGCGACAUGACUUUGCCAAUGACAAAUUGGAGAAGCCGGAGGACCCUCGGGUCGAGGCGUUUAUUCUGGUUGCCUAGGGACGCUCGAAGCACAUCGAUCGAUCAGCGAAUUUCCCUUUCCGCGAGUGAACGCAUUGGAACGUGACCGAUUUCCGUACGACGUGUGGCAACAAGUGUGCCAGUGGAUCGUAGGAGGUUCGAUGAAUCGCAACACCGUUAUGAAAACGUCACCAAAUGCAUAACAAUUGAUGAACGCCUUAUCCUAUUCUCUCUUUCGCUCCCUUCGAUUCGUCGUUUCGGGGCGAAGCACGAAAAGGCGACACCGUAACGCGGCGCAGGUGACGAUUCAAAUUCGAGCGUUCGAGGCGAAAACGAACCACGAAUACAGAACUUGAACACCGUUACGCGCUUAAUAUGCAACGACGGUGUUAUCGUUCGAGGGGAGAAGAUGGAACCGUGUGUACGUUUCCUCGGUCGUUGGUUUAUCGUCAUUCGAAAACUUCGAGUCCCCAGGAUCGUUCCAUCGAGAGUUCCGACUCUAUUGUAAACGUACGCGCGCGCGCGCGAGUUCUGUUUCUCCGCUUACUCUGCUAGAGCGAGCGAUGAUCGAGAAGUACGGGAAAAGUUUGCGAAUCUUUCGCGUCUUUGGACUGUUAUUUUCAUUAACGAUCGUAGUCGCGAACGCUCGCGAAAUCUCGAAAAACGCGACUACGAUCACCAACGAUGACGAUGCAGCCGUCCCAACGUCUAUCAGCCGCGAGGACAAAAUGGAAGCGAGAUCUGAAGGAGAGACUCUGCUGGGAAUAGAACCAUCGACGAGAAGCGUUGAAUGGAAAAAUAGCGGUCCAUUUACUCGUGGCAAGGACAGCUAUUUGGACGCAUUAAGACAUUCUCGAACUAGCACGGAUCCUCGCGAAGGAAUAGUUGCAGUAGAUGCGACGACAAGUAGCUCUAUUCAACGAAGAAAGGAACAAUCGGUGGGACCAGUCUAUGCAGGAAAAAGGUCCGAGAUAUCCUUCCAAACCAGCUCGGACAGAGAUUCCUUCUCCAUGGUACCAAGCGAUUCGUAUUCCUUGCCGACGCGAUCGUCCAGUGACUUCUCGGGUCUCAAAAGUUCUUACGGACCUCCUCGAUCGCAACCGCCGCGUGAAACAUACGGACCACCGCGCGAAACAUACGGGCCACCGCGCGAAACAUACGGACCACCGCGCGAAACGUAUGGACCACCUUAUCACGAUCAAUCUUCCUAUGGGGGAGAGUACACGUCCAUUGGUGUAUAUCCGGCUCAGCCACAGCAAGGUGAGACUCGAGCGUACGGAGUUCCACAUGGAAUGACCGAGUCGGUGCAUCUUGGUUUUCCAUCUAUCGACUUCUCUUGGCCCUUUGCCCUCAAGCUCAACGCCUUCACCCUGGCCAAGAUACUCUUGAAAUUGGUUAUUUUCAAAAUGAUAGUUAAGUUUAUCGCUGUUAUCUGUCUGCUGCUUUUCAUCCCCAAACUGGAGAUUAAAAAGACGAUCAAGAAGGUGAACAUGCAGAGUAACAACGAUAACGACGACGAUGAAGACGAAGGCCGUAGUUUGCGAAACGCUAACUGGAAAGUAUGGGACAGACUAAACCUCUUGACCUUGGUGGUAGACGAGGCAUGGAAACAACACGAGAUCGCGAACGAAUCUGGCUCCAGUGAAUGCUCCACGCUCGACUGCCAAGUUCGUAGAGCCUUCGAAAACGACCAAUCGUGGCCCGAUUAUGAGCAAUUAUUGCAGAAUUAUAUUAUGGAGGAAACGCGGCGCCUUCAAACCAAGUCUUAGCCUAUUAGCUGUUCGUUGAUUCGUCCUUACUUAUGGAAAUCUUUCGAUUCGACCGCAUUCAGUGAUUCAUCCAUGAUCACAUUGCUCAUGUCGCGUAUUUAUGCGUUACCUAGCUAUUAGUACAGUCGAGGAUAAAAAUAAGUGGACAGGUAUCGAUCAAGUUUCGUUAAAUACGGCUUGUUGCCGCACAAACGUGUAAAUAUUAAUUUCUAUUAUUUAUUAAACGCAUGUAUGUACUAUAAGGAUAUAUAAUAAGUAGACCGCGGAUUUUCGCGUAUUCGUAGAAAAUUUUCAGAUUCGAAGAUACACGUUCGAAGAACGUACACCGCAUGCAAAAAUAUAUAUAGAUAUUUAAAUUAUAGUAGCCUUUGUCAUAUUUAACUAGUCAGCUGUUCUUGACGAAUAUACUCGUCGCGAAGAAAUGAUAAUAAUAUCGACGAGCUCAGUCAGCAAUAAAAUUAAAGAAUAAAACAGUCGUUUCAUUGUAAUUUAAUUCUAUAUUAUAACAGUCGCGCAUACUCUUUGCUUAACGAGUAUACUCGUCACCGCUUACUUUUUGCCACACAUUUUAGGUACACACUUUUCAAAGAGGUGGAAACAGCUAACUGGUCGAUAGACGAGGCAAUUUUAUAUCCACGUUUUUUAAUUAUAUUCGUAAAAAUAUGAAUUCGCUCGAAUAUCCGCGGUCUAUCAACGAAUAAAGCUUAAGCAUAACACUAAUAUAGUAUGUAGUUCGAUUAAACUUCGUUCAUAUGUACCUGCUUCCUCUAUCUAUCCACUCUUAUUUGUCUCUGCGACUGUACACGCAUGUACCUAUAUGAUGUGUAUUACGAGAUGUACGUGACUCGCUCGUUGUCUUCUCGUUGAAUAAAUAUACGUAUAUCGUCGACAUUGGACACGCAUCGCAGAUAUACUUUCGUUUCUUUCCACUCGUUUUGUUCCAUUUCCAGCGAAAUCGCGACACUUAGCAAUUUCGUUGGUAAAGAGCGGAGGCGCGAGUAAUUUUGAAGAUUGCCGUUACGUGAUCCUCUCGGUCUUCUCGAGUUUUCCGGAGCGGAGAGCACGGUGGGGGUGUGUCCGUUUAUAAACGCGACCGCUACAGGCGACAACGUUUCAGUCGUUUGGUCUUGACAGAUGAGUAUAGUAUCGCCUGUCGUUCAAGUCGAAGAAGAUUAAUCAUACCGAAUUUCACACAGCCAUUACGAAGUCAUGAAGUCCAUCGUUUUA